CCUCUUCUCUCAUCCGCACUACAGCAUGGCAGUUUCCUCUGUACCGACCCCUCUACCCUUCUCGGAGCGGGCUCUGCCGAAGACGCUCUGCCUGUUCGACGUUGACGAGACACUAUCAAAGGCCAGGCAGCAUGCAACACCAGAGAUGCUCUCUCUUCUGGCACAGCUCAGGAAGAAGUGUGCCAUUGGGUUCGUGGGAGGAAGCGACCUGAAGAAGAUCCGCGAGCAGAUCAGUGCUCCUGAUGGCACUGCUGAUGCAACCGACAUCUUCGACUAUGGCUUUGCCGAGAAUGGCCUGAUCGCUUUCAGGAUGGGCAAAGCGCUUGCUUCGCAGUCAUUCAUCGGGUGGUUAGGAGAGGAGAAGUACAAGAAGAUGGUCAAAUUCUGCCUGAGGUACAUCAGCGAGCUGGACAUUCCCAUCAUGAGGGGUACUUUCAUCGAAUUCAGGAAUGGGAUGAUCAACAUUUCACCCAUCGGAAGGAAUGCAAGCAUCGAAGAGCGCAAUACCUUCGAAGCCUACGACAAGCAACACAAGAUUCGCCCCAAGUUCGUACAAGCGCUCAAGGACAACUUCGGAGACUAUGGACUGACCUUCUCCAUUGGUGGUCAAAUCUCCUUUGACGUCUUUCCCUGUGGCUGGGACAAGACCUUUGCCCUGAGCCACGUUGAAAAGGACGGGUGGGAGGAGAUCCACUUCUUUGGAGACAAGACUUACGAGGGAGGAAACGACUACGAAAUCUUCUCUGACCCCCGGACCAUUGGCCACACAGUCGAGGGGCCUUCGCACACGAUGCAGCUCCUGAAAGAGAUAUUCAGUCUCUGAGGUACGAGUAGUCUUGUAAUAGAAUGUAACUUUAAAGUAAUGCACCAGAUUGUGAGAUCGGAGGCUGGCAUUCACGCCUUUGCGUCCUUGUCUCUCCG